AUGUCAGCACUGCGGGAAAUCGGGCCCUCCACCCCGUUCUUUGAUCUGCUGCAGCAUCGGUACCAGCAGCUCUGGGUGCAGGAACAAAAGGCCACCCAGAAAGCCGUUAAACUGGAGAAAAAGCAUAAGGUGAUCCUGGGGAAGCUGUACGAGACCCGGAGCAGCCAGCUGAGGAAGUACAAGCCGCCCGUGGAGCUGGGCGCCCUCUGGCACAUGCCCCACUUCCAGAAGGUGGGCCCCCAUCUCGAUACCUUCCCCACUGAGGCUGAUCGCCAGAAAGCGUUCAAAGCCCACCGGGAAGAGCAUGCAGUGCGCCAGGGGACCCUGCGGAUGGGCAACUACAGCCACCCCUAAAGCCUCCUUGACCCGGUAGAAAAUCCUCUAAAGGACUCACCUUCCCUACCCCAACUGACGUGAGACACUCUCCCAUCCUUAUGCGGGUUCUGCUUGGGCGAGAACCUCAGAUUCAGGUCUUAGGUUAAUGGUUUUUGGUAAGAGUUCCUCCCCCGUUGAGUUAGCCAACACUCAUCUCCCUGACGACUCUCCUCUUCAGGACUCCCCUCCUUGGCCAGGCUGCCCACCCCCUUCUCAAGCCCUCACCUGAUAAGAUAAGCCCAAAUCCUAAGGCAUAUUUUAGACUCCAGGCUACAGUUUGAUUCCAAGGCUCUGCCCUCAAGUGCUAAGAACAACCUGGGCAUUUCCUGCAGAAAGUGUGACAGUAACAUCCUUUGAAAGUCCUCACUUUCUAUUCCAGACAUGAGUUUUAACUGCUCUUUCUGGGAUGCCAGUGUCUCUCCAAGGCAGUACUAUCUCUCUGGGACCCUUGACGGCAGGAAGAGCAGAGGCUCCUUGCUCAGGGCCGGCCCCCACCUCCUCAGUGCUGCGCCCAGAUGGGCUUCUCCACCAGCACCGACCUCGGAAGGUCCCCCCUCCCCGCUCUGGAAAGAGAGAACCUGCUG